GAAUGGUGUGUCAGUAAUAUUGUGUCAACUUGUUUGGAGAAGCAAGUUUGGUGUUUUUCAGUGUGGAAUUAUUGGAAAAAUCCAGUGGAAACUUACCCAUUUUCGUGGGGAAAACAUCACAAGCGGCAAGAAGAGACCACAAGGCAGGAUGUCUGCCACAACUCAGCAAUUCUUCCUGCGAUGGAACAACUACGUGAAUCACCUGACGUACGCCUUCGACUCGCUGCGCACCCAGGAGGACCUGGUGGACGUGACGCUGAGCUGCGAGGGGCGCAAGAUCCGGGCGCACAAGGUGAUCCUGUCAGCCUGCAGCACAUACUUCCGCGAGGUGUUCCAGGAGAAUCCCUGUCAGCACCCUGUGAUUGUGUUCAAGAAUGUGCGCUUUGAGGAUCUGUCGUCGAUUAUCGAGUUCAUCUACCAGGGCGAGGUUAAUGUGGUGCAGGAAUCUCUGCCGUCGUUUCUGCACACGGCGGAAUUGCUGUCUGUGCAGGGCUUGACGGAGGGCAGCACCGACAAGGAGGGCCGCGACACACCUGUGCCCACGCCGGUGAGCAAGCAGUUCAGCGUGGCGUCGGCCACGAAGGCGCAGACGUCAGGGAUUGUGACGAGAAUGGUGACGGGCAGUGGCCAGGCGACGGUGAGAGAGAUCGUGAGGCUGCCGCCGAAGAGCACGACACUCAGCACAGUGACGACGGAGACGGCACAGCCGAAGCGAAAGCGCUUCUACAUUGACUCGGACGACAACAUCGCCAUCGAGGGCAUCAACUUCGUGAAGCAGAGCCCGGACACGAUCACCAUCGAGAACGCCAAUGUGGAGUUCACGCCCAUGAAGAUCGACAUCCCGGAGUACAUCGACAUCUCCACGACGGCAGACGAGAGCACCAAUGCGGGCGAGGAGGUGCUGCUGGAGGAGCGGACGGACGACGCGGGCGCCAGUGCGGACGACGAGGCCGGCGAUUCGCAGGAUCAGGACAUAACGGAUGGGGACUCGAAGCCGCAGAUUCUGGCCGUGCGCAGUGUGUCGGAGGGCGACAUGGAGCAGUCCUACACUGUGCAGGAAGUGGAUUCGGGCGACCUUCACACAUCGGAGUACACAGAUCAGAGCAAAUACAGCGCGGACAAUCAAGGAAAGGCGGACGACAAGGGAUUGCAGCAAGAUGCCCAACUACGUUUCCGUUGCAGCAUUUGCUGGAAAGGGUUCAAGCAUCCGAUGUCAUUGACACUACACAGGGAUUUGCAUAGCGGGAAGACCAAGUGUCCAGUAUGCAAGAGAUCAUUCUCACGAAGUUACGAUAUGCGGACACAUUUGAACAAGAUUCACAAAAUAACCCUCAACUUUGAUGCCAAAUUGAACAUUCACAAGUUUUAGGAAUCCAGUGAUUCCUAAACUUUAUCGUCACAUUAUCACUUCUUCCGCGCGACCAAAUUAAAUACAAUUGAUAGCGCCGCGAUAAGAGAGAAGAAAAGAAGGUCAAGGAGAAGAAAUAUGACAUGAUUCUGUUUCCGAGAAUGCAAUCAUUGUAAUCAAAGCGUUUUUAUGCACACGACAUUUAUUGUUUUUAGCGAAGAAUCCCACAAAUAAUGACUAGAAGUGUUGACUUAGUGUAGAGAAUAGGACAUAAAACUAAUGUUUCCACGUGUUUAUGUGUGUAUAAAUUGGGACUAUUAAAGAUCCUGGUCGAUCAGCGCGUGUAUCCACUAAAAAUCCUGCCUUU